AUGGGAUUUUUGAGUGGUGUUCUCAGCAACAUCCACAAGCAUUUAGGGCAGCAUAAAGAGACAAUUACACCUGUAAUUAAGAUACUUGAGACCAAUAAACACCUUGGUAAAAAAGGUUUUAAUGAUGCGAUUGGAAGGGUGGUCGCAGGGGUGCGGGGGUAUAAUGGUAAUGUAAAGUCUUCUAAUGAAGCAGUGAUUGAGCCCCUUCAAUUACUGCUCGACUACACCAAGAAAAAUGGAGGUGAGUUGAUUACUAGCAUUAAUAAUAUUCAGGCUGAGAGUCAUCGUCUGGAUCCACAGCUGGCCGACGCCGUAAGGUCCUGCGGGGACCGGCUGAAGGAGGCCACAGAGAGGAGCAAGAGGUGCGCGGAAUUUCUGGACCCCAAGGCAAAUAACAACACUAAGAUGAAAAAAAACAUUUAUGACCUUAAUGAUAAGUUGCGUGACAAAGUGUUGCAUGUUCGUAAGCUUGUUGAGUACGAGAGCCAGCGGCUGGCCAGCGUGCAUAAGCGGAAAGACGCUGAGUUGAAGGAGACGACGGAGAAGAUUAAGACAAGUUUUCGCAAUCUCAAGAGCUGCAUCAACAAGCAGGUGGGUGACGAUAUAGAUAAGCUUGUUAAAAGUUUAAUGGUGAGGGUGCAGAAAAUUUUGAAGAAGCUGAGGGAGAUUAGUAGCAAUUUAGAGAAGUAUAUCAGUGAGCUGGGAGCGUGGAUAAAGGAGGCCGAGGAGUUCGCUACUGCGGCGUUGGAAAGGAUUAAUAAGAUAUUAAAACACAUGGAUGGGACUGCAAGUACGUAUACCAUGAAUAUAAAAACGGCGGCCGAGUCACUUGGUCGGGAUGUUGAGGACCUUCACAGGGCUGGCAAAAACGUGAAAGAUAAUAUUGCGGAUUGGGUGACAAAGGGAACGGAGAAAGCAAAACAGCUGGAAGGUUGGAAGACAGCGGCGCAGAGUGUUAUCAGUGAAGCUGUUAAGAAGGCGAAAGAGGUGCACGAAGCGUUGGAUCAUGGACAACAUGAUGCACUAAAACAUGAACUUGGUUACAACCUCGAGGAAAUACGGAAGGCAGGAGAAGCAGUUGGCGCCGCUAAUAAUAAGCUGCAGCAGUAUGUUGGAGAGUUGGAGCAUUGGAAUACGGAGGCCACGGAUGUAGUUGGCAAGGCGGAUGCAAAAUGUAGAGAAUUAUUUAAAAAAUUGGAUGACACGUAUGUAACUAAUCGUAUGAAUGGAACAAAGAUAAGGCAGGAAGCUAUGGAAUUAGAAAGAAAAGGCAAAGCGUUAUUGAACGCUUACAAUAAAGCGCAUACAGGUCUUGGGUCCUUAGUCAGAAAUAUUAAGGAGCAGGUAAAUGGACUAAAAAAACACAUUGUCAAAGAUUUGGAGUUGUUGAAAGGUCAAGUCGAGAAGGGAAUUGAAACGCAUGUCAAAAAAAUUAUAAACGCAGUAUUGGGAGCAACGGAAAAAUCUAACAUGCUAGAAUACGAUAGCGCAUUAGGUCUUAAAGAUUUGCAAAAUGGUGUACAAUUAACGGAUGCAUGGAAAAAAAUUUUUGAGGGCCUCGACGUCAGCUUGAAACAAAAUUCAAUUGCGACACAUAUUGAAAUGCUGUUGUUACAAUUAAAAAGCAAGCUAGGUGGGCAAUAUAAUUACGACACUUUGUCUGAAGUUUCAGGCCUUAAGAAAACGCUUACAAACAUUAUUGAAGAGUUCAAGAAAGCAUCAAGUGAACCGUUCAAGGAUCCUACAACAAUGACACGCGAAAGUGAUGAAUUCAUGACAGUUAUGCAUAACUAUCAUACAAACAUACAAGAUAAGACGCUGCUGCAAAAGAUGAUUGGCAACGUUAAUGGCGCGCUUAAAGAUUUCGAGAAACUGGAGGCUUUCAGAGAUAAAGAACAAACUGCCCAAAGACUCACGAAUGGCGCUAUUGAUGAUGCUGAGAAAGCUGUUAAAAUGCAUGUAACUACGAUUAUAAGUGAGCUGAAGGAGGCCGCUUGGUUCAUUGAUAAGAGCAAGAACAACGGCAAUACUCCUAGCGGUUACAGCGGUGACAAAAAUGGUAUCAAAGAUUACAUGGUUUUGCUAAGCAACGGUCUUGGUGAUACGUCGAAUUGGAGAUCACACGGAACUGGUAAAGUGUCUGGCCUCCAAACGAUCACUACUGCUAUUCGGCAAUUGCAUCAAGACAGUCUGAACAGAAGCAUCACAAUCACCGGUGGCAUCGGCAACAUUGGGAUUGAGCUCACCAACCUUCGAAAUAACAUCUUGCUCAACAGUGACAAGAAGGACGUGAUCAACAGAUUGGAAGAUCUGCAUGACGCCGGCUUUGCCAAUAAUGAAACCUGGCCUGAUCAAGCAUCCACCAAGGGCCUCGAGACCAUCAAGCAAGACAUCACCAACGCUCUCAGUGACAUACAAACCCAGGUUACCGAUAACCUGGGAAUCCUCACCACCUUUGAUGAGGCAGCUCUCAAACAGUUCGAAGCGGUGAAGGAGAAUCUCACACAGCUCUGCGAGGCCAUCAAAACUGAAGGCACAUACGGCGUGGAUAAUCUCAGGGCAUUGCUCAAUACGACGAUAAAGGAGAAAUUGGCGCGUAUUAAGAACAAACUUGGUGAGCUACAAACCUUUGAUUUAAGCGCUGCAAUCAGGGAUGCUGAGAACUUCCUCACCAGCGCCGAUCCAACAGCCCAGGCAACAAUCACGUCAAUCAGAGGCGUAGUAAGCUCCAACGUCGAAGAAGCCCAGAACGAUCUCAUCACCCAAGUCAACAAGAACUACGUCACGUCAGUGAAAGCCAUUCUGCUAGAGUUCGCGGAGAAAGCCGAGAAGGAGUUGGCGCCUCUACCUAAGGAAAUCACCGACGAUUUGGACAUCGGUUACAAGGGGUUCAUGAAGAAAUUUGAGAAGCACUUCGUAACGCACGAAAAGUCAAUCAAGACCAUCAAAGACAUAAAUCCUAAGCCCGUUGCGCAAGAAAAAUCACCAAUGAGUCAGGCGGCAGCAAAGUUCUUUGGAAGCCUAAAUAGGUUUUUGCAUGAUCUAGAGAAGCAGCCGGACUUCAAAACGGACUAUGAAAAAAUUAAGCCAACACGUGACGCGCUGGCUAAGUUGUUCGGAGAUCUUGUCACUUCGGAGUACUUCAAUCACGAGUUUUCUCGAAAUCUAUCGGCGCUGAAAGUAACGCUCAGUGAAUUGAAGCCUUCAUUAUAUGGUGAAGGGAAUACCCCUUCGCUUCUCAAUGCUCUGAAGAACGGUUUCACGACUUCGGCAACGGAGCUCAACAAUGCGUACAUCUCGACCUACGACAGUGAGAGGUUUGGUGCUGAGCUCGUCGAAAAAGAUAAACUAACAGCGUACGGAACCAAGUUAAGUAAGGUCUGCUUGACCGUAGUUUCGACGUCAUACAAUGUGUUGAACACAGUGAGGAAGUACUCCGGUACCAUGUGGAGGUCUGACAAGAUAAAUCAAUCGACACCAAUCGGACACUUUCUCGGCAACAACGGAUACGUCGUAUCCAAGGACAUACAAGACGGCCAGUUGCGGAACGGAGAUGGUAUGCUAGGCUGGCAUGUUUACAAAAGCCUCGUUAAGAAUGCCGAUGGCCGUGUCUACAGACAUCAUGAUGCUGAUAAGGACAACGGUCCACUUAAAACUCUGCACAACUGCAUCGAAACAUAUUAUGAAGUCUGUCACCAGUCCACUUUCGCUUCGAAGCGACAGCCAUCCUCCGUGUUCGAAAUGCUGUGCUGGUUGUGUGGGUUGCCGUGCAAUUCUGUAUAUGAAGCUUUGUUGCGUGACACGAUGAGUGACUUAUUCGAGGACCCGAAGAAGCAGACGACGGAGGCCGGCGAGGACCAUGAGUUCACGCUAGUCACGCCAGAUGCAUUAUGCCUGAACGCGUACCCGAGUAACAUCACGUAUGGCAAUAGCGUAAAGGCAGUGCGCCACCUUUGUCUGAGAUCCUACGAUCUGCUGACUGCAAUCCUCGGCACCGGAGACGCGUACUCCAUGUACGCCGUCGACUUUUGCAACAACUCGCAUAAUUUCUAUUAUCCGCAGAAAGGCGACGACUGCCUACAAAUGCUGCUUGACAUCCUCCGUAGUUUAUUGCCAUCGCUCAACUUCUUGCACAGCCAGUGUAAGUUGACUGCCGAACAUCGCGGUUGGUCCGACUGUUGGUACGGUAAAGGCGUACAGUCAUCCAAAUCGCAGUGUAAUGAUCACUCAACGGGCAAAGCAGCGUGCCAAGCAGAUGGUCAACCAAAGUGCCAGGCAACGUGUCAACCAACGUCGCCACUUCAGUCGUAUUUGUCCGAUUGCCUUACCGGCCACUUGCCUCACCAGGUAAGCAGCAUCGGUUGCAAGGCCAAAUGUGCGACGUGUCCUAAGGGCCUCCCUGGCCAACCGUGCAUUACUCCUCUGGGCUUCCGUGGCUUUUCAGGUGGUAUGAAGACAGGUGAGGACCUAUGCAAAGCGCUGACUAAAUUCUUCGUCAAUGUCCAAUAUUCAUCGUUGCUUUGCUUGAUGCCCAAACCGCCGUCUACAUUACCAGAGCACUUCCAGUUUGUAUCUACAUUAGCGCGCGUGCUGGAGAAUAGCAAAGGCGUCAACGACAGUGCAGUCAAAACAGCAUUUGAAACGGCCACCAAAGAGAUGUCUAUCGAACUGUACAAUGAUACUAGUGACUUCACGAAUGCACUUCGCAAUGCAUAUCACAGCCACCGUCCAGACGGCCAUAAAACAUACUCAGAAGCCGACCUGUCCACGCUUUCGGUAUCAACGCCAUGUACGUUUGCUAGUAGCGAUAAGAUUCAUUGCGCUCCUUAUCUCAGAGCUCUAUGCGACGAUUCAUAUACCUAUCUCGCCGAGAAGCAUUCAGAACUGUAUUUCUCAUGGGCUCUCUAUUUACCAUUGGCAUUGUACGAUUGCCUGAAAUCACUGCUGGACUCAUUCGGCAAUAUUUCCUGCCGCGACUGGGGAUGCAGUCGUUGUACUCAUGGAACGAAAUGUUCUCGCGGUAAGCACGGCAUGGAGAACUGUCAGUGUCGCGGAAUUGUCGAAUGCCGCGGUGUAAGUAGUACUUUUUACAGUUACGGAUUCACUUUUCGCGAUUCGACUAAAUUACACGGCGAUACCAGUAAGAGUUAUUGCCAUCAUUUUUACAUACAACUGAAAAAUGUACUGCAAUCGACGCAUUUCACAGCAUUGUUCAAAGAGUGCGACGAAUUCCUGUUCACCAUCAGAGAGCCGUUUAUAUGGCUCAAUGUCGCCCUCUGGUCGCUGUCCCUCUUCUACCUCAUCUGCGUAAUGGUUGGCAGACUGGAUGUGCUCCACAUACGCUCACACCUGAGGAUACCGUCGUCGCACAAGAUAACUGCGCAGUCAUUGUUGGCUGCAGCGCAAGUCGGAAGGCUUGCCAAGAUAUCGUAUCUACAACCGUAA